CUGUGUACAGGGUUUUAAUUUGUUGGUGCUGCGGUAACAGUUACGAUGAGCUAACGGCAAAGGUAAACAGUUGUCUGUUACCUUUGAACGAUCAAAAUAUUUUCAUUCCUUUGGGAAAAUAGUUUCGAAACUACGCGCGUAUUUGUGUAUCGAAGUGAAGAUAAAUAUUGACACGUGAAAUGUGAAUGCGAAUUUAUCAAUAUUGACGUUCUUCUUUCGCGCUGGGGAAAUACUGAAUUUUCCAUUGAAGAUACUUGUAACGAAAUGCUUGAAUAUAACAGUGAAGAGAUUUUGGUAUCAGAGAAUUUCGAGGAUUUGACAUGAUGUGAACAAUCUGAGGGAUAAAUUCCUCGCUUCGUUGGGCGUGGUUCGCAGAGGGAAAUGAUUUGAAUGAAAUAAUCAUUUGUUGAGCAAGCGUACCUGAUUGAUUUGGAGGACAGUCACAGUCAAAGUUCGCUAAAAGCUCUCCAACCAUAAUAGCAACGUAGCACGUCUCACAGAAAUCGCUAAGGGGGUAUUCUAGUCUGGAAUACCCCCAUUUCUUCAUGAAAUUUUACCUGAUAUACUCUUAAUAAUAGUUUUUUCCUGAAGAUAUGCUGAUAGAAAUUUAUGUUUGAUACCUGAAACUUCGAGAAAAUGCAAGGACAUAUAUGCAGAUAAACAUAUAGCUAUGUUUAAACGUCUAGAUUAGAACGUGAAUGUUUAAAGAGAACAGUGAGAAGGUGCCAAGACUUAUAAUGUUUCAUAACUUCGUUCCUGGAUCAUGCGUAGUUUGAAUGUAUGGAUUGAACGACUUGGAUGACAAAUUUGCACUGCGUUAGUCAUCACUUGAAGUACAAGAAGAUGGACUCCAAAUAAAAGUGUUAAUUAAACAUAAAUUCCGUUAAGAAAAAUUCAAGUAAUUAUUAUUCGACUUCGGAAAUAAAAACGAGCAGUUGCAAUCGAUUUGGAACGCAGAAUUAUGAAUAUAGAAUCAGCUACUACAAACAUAAGCUACAGUACACGAGCUACAACAAUAUACAUGUAGAUCGAUUCCAGAUGAAAGUAUUAAUUGGGAGCAAAUAGUAGUUAUCCGUUAAGAAAAAUUCCAGGAUUAUUUAAGCUCACCAAGCCGAGAUUAUAAAUAUAGAAUUAGCCAUGAGAAUGUAAAUUGUGAAUCAUGAUAGUCUUUUCAAAAAAGAUAUAUAAUCACCUUUCAAGAAGAUUUAGAAGACGUUACUUAGAGAAACGAUCAUAACUUGAGACAAUUUUUCACUCCAGCACCUCCAAAUAUCAACAAUACCAUCCAAGACACUCAAACCACAUCUCGUUAAAGGUCCCUGAAAGCUAACAGGAUCUCUUAAAUUCCAAGUGACGCAAGAACGAAAAUUGCGAGAACCGCAACCAUGAAGAACACUCACCCGAUCAUAACAGCGACGACGACCAGUCCAGUCAAUCCGGAUUCCUCGUCGUCGAACGAAUCCACAGAGCCGUGCAUCAGACUGAAGCUAGACAAACCGUUGCAUUGGGAGUGGGAGCUGACCACGUCGGCGGACACGCUUCCUGUCAUCCAGCUGCUGGGGAAAGAUGGCCGUCUGCUGGUGGAGACCACUGGCAGAACAGCUCAGAGGGCCAGAGGCUCGUUUCGCGAGGGUCUCAAGUCCUACGAGCAGUUUCCUUUGGACAAGGCUGUUGCCAUGAAGACUCCAACCGCCUCUUCGUCCUUCUCGUCGUCUUCAACGUCGACCAUCGUCGCUCCCCUUCAAGGGAACCGAAACAUGGACGGGUUUAGCACGAAGUUCGGAACCUGCGAGUUCGGUUACAAGCCGCGGAAAUCGAAGAGCGAGGUGACGGUGAAAGAGAAGGACAGGAAAUCCAAGAGCAAACGCUCCGUGGAACCAGAGGCUGCCCAGCGGAGCGAGCAACCAAAACCAGGAGCAAAAAGGUACUCCGUGGGCGAUUAUCUGCGGCAGCAGAUCAUAGACGACUUGAGAACGAAGAGCACCGUGGGCAAGUGUCCGGAGGAGAUCGCCGAAGAGAGGUGCAAGAAGGUGAAGGCUUACUUGAGGAGCCAGAGCGAGACUCUACCGAGAUUGAUUCUUACUGAGGAAGACGUGGACGAGUCCGAGUCGAAGAUUAACGAGGACGAGGGUAGAAAUCGGAGAAUAAAAGACGGCUUGAAGCGCCUGCGGGAGGCGAUGAAGGAGGAGCACCCCAAGCUCAGGAUCUCCAAUGUCCCCGAAAAAACACGCGAAGAUGUUUCGCGGAUCGAUUAUACGAAGGAACCACCAGAAGCAGACAGCUCCGUUUUGGAACCGAGGGACAUAGUCGGAAACGAGGAGCUGGAGAAGGUGAGGGCAUUCUUGAGGAAGAAGUUGCAGCAGAAGAUGGACCACGAGCGUUCCCUGAGCUCUACCAACGAUCCUGCCCACGAAAUCAAGAAGAGGUACUCCGAUUACGGCCACGAGUGCCCGAAAGGUUAUCGUACUAGGAAGGUGCGCAGCGAGACGAGUGUCAUCAGGUUCGACCCAGAGACUCUUCAGAAGGACAGGCAAAGGGAGAGGGAGAGAUCCAGGACCAGGAAGUCCCCUUCCGAGGAAUCGUUCAAGGAUAAACAUCGUCAUCGGUCCAGAAGCGACGCCAUUCGCGAAACGUCGGAGGCGAAUUACCGACGCAAAUCCCAAACAAGGGAGUCGGAGAAACGGAAACUUUACCGAAAAACGAAGAGCGACGUUUUAUUGGGCCAGGCGGCUCGCAGCGUCGACUCGAGGCAGGAUUUCGAGAAUCCUCCGAGACGAAUUAGGAGCCAGGACAACGUCGACGAGUCCUGGCGGGAGUACAAGGAGAGGAAGAGGCACGAGAGGCUGCACCGCGAGUCCGAGAAGGAGGUGAAGGAGGAGGACUUCAUGAGCAAGCCGCGGUGGAAGGACCUCCAGGCUGAUCUCUGUACCUUCAGGAACUGCAGGAUCUGUCAGAACUUGCAGAAUUGCGUAAAUCCGUUGCUGGAGCGAAACGACAGCGCGAAGGACCGCGGAGUCCCCGAGCAACCGAAGGAGGACUCCGGAGAGUUGUUGAACGACUCGGCGAGCGACAGACCCGGCACCAGCCUGCAGGAGAAUUAUUUGGUCGUCGAUAGGGUUUCCGGGGAUCCGAAGAAGAACUCGGGAGAGAAUAAGGCGAGGAAUCGCGGUGCCAAAGGGUCUGACGCGAAAUCCCCUGAUUGCGGCUACAACACGAUUCCCAAGAACGCGUUCAAGGACUAUCGGGAGCUGUACAUGCGGUCAAACGUGAAGAAGAGCAACACGUUCAAGAUCGUCGAUGGCAGCGAGGACCCCGAAGCUGAGGAUAAGAGUGAUUCGAAGCUGGACGAGGGAUCGAUCGAUAGUUUCGGAUGUUUAAAUAGCGAGGGUCUGUUGAUAAACAAAUCGAACGAGGAUAUCGCCAGGGAUUACUUUAGCAGAGUUUACGAGCUCCUGAAGAAGCGACAGGAAGAAGCGAGGAGGGUCCAGGAGAACCAGGGUGUUCCCGGCUGUGACGACUCUUCGUCUUCUAAUUACGUGGAGGUGGUGCAGAAGAAGAGGCCUCGGCGCAAGAAGAGGGACCGAAGUGCGCAAGGCGAGGAAGUCGUAACAGUGCCUCCCACGAGCGGAGGUCAGGACGGCUGGAAGGUGCAGACACUUUCGUUAAGCACCGAAUCGCCGAGCAAUCGUCGUAAAGGCUGCCGUCCCCAGCAGCAACCUGGUAAACGUACAAGGCCAGCCCCGCCCCCGCCGCCGAUAUCGUGCAAGGUCAAUGCCAAGGACAUCAACAAGUACUUCGAUUGGCCGAACAAGGAGAACACGCCCGGAAAUGCCGUGAACGCCGUCGUGGGAACGAACGAGGCUCAUCUCGAGAACGAACAGUCUACCAUGGGCUCGAAUUUGAGUCGGCACAACGGGAAGGGCCUCACUGGCCGCAGGACCCAAUCCUCUGGGAACCUGUGCGAUCCCAAGGGAAAACUGAACAGCAUGGGCAAGAUCCUGGUGCCGUGCUCCAGCGCCCAGAGGGAACGAUAUAAAUUCUGUGGCUCGUUGCCCAAUCAUCUCGACGACAAGGACGUUCUAGACGACGACCAAAAGGAAAAUAAUAACAUAAUGACGGAUACUAUCACCGGGAAUCUCGGUGGAACGUUGCCACACAAGAAACGAUCGUUGGGUGUACACUUCUCUGACGGUGGACCAACUGGCGCUUUAGACCUCGUCAAGCAUCGGUCGCAGGACUCUAUAGAUGAAAACGAUCCUUGGAGAUACCAGCAGAGCGACCUUGAUCUAGUUAGGUGCCGCUACGGGAAUUUCGACUCCGUGAGCAGAAAUCGUAGCGCCGACGCGGUAUCUGGCGACUUAACAAGAAGGUGCUCCCGCGGGUCGUCUCUGGAAGACAGGUGUCAUCGAAAUACGGAUCUUGACCUGGUGGGCACGCUGCCUAAACGGAAACAGGACCCCCGAAGCAGCGGGAAGGGGUCGGAGACGAACACGUCGUCCUCGCAACCCUGCAACCCCGACCCAGCCGACAACGAUUUGCUGAUGCAGAUCGUGCACAAACCAGACUGCGAACUAGUCAGGCAUCGGCAGCAGCUCAGCAAGUGCAUUGAUCUUAAAUUGAGCAAACUGGCCAGCGGGGAACCGCAGGAUCAAGGUUACGCGUCCGAACGCUCGCCGGAAGACGAGCAUCCACCUUCCUUGCCUGGCCAACCGUUCCCGAAUAUAACGCCUGAGAGCACGUUUCGCGUAACGUUGCAGAAAAGCAGCCGGGGACUUGGCUUAAGCGUUUCCGGUGGAGGAACCGCUGGACCUGUUAGGGUAAAGAGACUGUUUCCGCAACAACCCGCAGCUUUAUCCAACAAACUUCAACCUGGCGAUAUACUCCUCGCAGCUAAUGGGAUUCCUUUAACCGGCCUCACUAAUUACGAGGCUCUCGAAGUUCUACGAACGACACCCAGCAUCGUGGAGUUGGUGGUGUGUCGACUUCCGGGUGAUACGAAUGUCACACCACCCGGUGCACCGCCGCCACCCCCGGCGAGGCGUGAGCCACCGCCGCCCUUGCGAAUACUCAACCCUCUGCCGCCACUCCAAAUCGAACCCUGCGGCGAAUUCGACAUAGAAAUGACGAAGGUCGGUGGUAGUCUGGGUUUCACUUUGAGGAAAGCGGACAGCAGCGCGCUGGGUCAUUACGUGAGGGCAUUAGUGAGGGAACCGGCAUUAAGCGACGGCCGAAUUCGACCCGGGGACAAAAUAGUCGCCGUGGACGGUGCUCCAUUGUCGCCCAUGAGCCACGAAGAGGCUGUCCAAUUGCUGCGACAAUGUGGCCCAACCGUGAGACUCCGGCUAUACAGGGAUCUGGCGCAGACCCCUGUCUCCGCUCUUUCGCCGACCGAGCCCGAUCACCCUCUCCGUCCACCGCGAACAAGUUUGAGGCAAGAGGCUGUGGAUAUGCUUUGCGAUCUAGCGGUUCGGAAGCUGUCGCCAGGUACAUCGAGCGGCUCGAGCUGCAAGCAGUCACCUGGUGCAUCCUGCAAUUCCCCGAGAAGACUGCGUCGUCUUGCCACGCGUACGCCAACCGAAAACGAUCAAGAAGGUCUGGACAAGCAUUCGAGCGUGCAGACGACCUCAACGGCCAGCCAGGCGGAGACAUCCGAUUCCGACCAGUGCUCGAUCAGGACGCAGAUAACGAAUUCCCAACCAAACACACCUGGAACCGACAUAAUCGAUCCGCCGCCGCUCUACGACGUUUGCGAUUCGAGCGAUUCCUCCAAGGCACCGACGCGACCGAGUUUCCUCGACUUGUCGGCACCCCAGGGGAAGCCUCAUUUUCAGUUCUGCAGCCUAGACUCCGAUCUCGAGUAUCCCGGAGGUGACGGGAUCGUCGCCGAAGACGAGCUGAACAAGACAACGGGGAACGAUUACGUGAGAAGGGGAGCGAACGGAUUGUCCAGCGACGAGCACGACAACGACCUACCCUCCGAGCCAGCUUCGAUGCCACCGGUGCUCUCCUCGACGAGUACCUCAAGCACUGCAUUCAGUUAUAAGAACCCGGCUUAUCAGAGCGCCAAUCCAGCUUGCGGAGCCGGUAUCGACGCCGCAGCGAAAAAUAAGACUACCCAUUCCAGCGAUCAGGAUAUACCAGGAAAAAUCUUGGGAACGGAGGAUCCCGCUGGCAGCAAGGGUUUGCUGAAGUGGAAGGGCGUGAUGUUCGCCCCGGACGAUGGAAUAGAUAAAUCUGAAAACGAAGAGGAGGUCGGAAAAGACACCACGGAUUCAGCUGUCGCUAGUGAAGAACUUGAACAAGGAACCGAGGUGUUCAUGGUAGAGCUGACACGUGGAUGGAAUAGCCGACUAGGUUUCAGCUUACAACCGGAAGGAAAUCAUACAGUUAUAUCAGUGGUCCAUCCUGACAGUGUUGCUGCCAAAGAUGGAAGGCUUAAACAAGGAGAUGUGCUUAUGAUGGUGAACGACGAAAGCGUGAAAGAUAUGUCGACAGCCGAUAUCAUCGAUCUGUUACGUAAAAUACGAGGAUCCAUCGGUAUCACCGUGAUGAGACGAAGUAAACGAGAUAAUGUAACGUGACGCUAGUCAGGCAUAUAAUGGAAGAACCAAAUAAACGAAGAAAAAACUUCAGCGUUCGUCUCGAUGACGCGUUUAUCAUUUACAAAGGUGGAACAUCGAUUCACGAACGAGAUGGUGCAAUGAGGAUUCUUCGAACUUCGUUUCGUUAACGUCUCGAAACAUUGAUUUAUGAACCUAGACGAAUCCUUUCAGAAAUUGUUUGAUCGCAAUGAAACCUUCGCCACAAAUUGAUCUGUAAAUACAAUCAAUGAAAAUCGAAGCCUUAGACGCGAUGUGGUGACUUAAUUAAUUGUACAGCGUUUCCCACGAGUCGCCACUUUGUUUAGCAAUAAUAGAGAUGAUAUAAAACAACUGUAAGAUAGAAGAUCCGUGUAGAUCUUCGUUGAAUACAUUUUCGAUACAUUCGAAUCUUUCAUGAAAAUUUGUGUGUACGGCUUUUCUUUCGCCGAAUACUAAUCCAGUGUGAAAAUAUAAAAGUUGAAAUGUAGAAAGUUACCGAUGAAGAAGUCUUCUUAUUGUUUGGCUUUCGUAUCUUGCAGCUAUUUUUCUAAAACGCCUGUUAUUUCUAAAAAUAGACGAGGAGCAUUGGGACACCCUGUACUUUCAAGACCGUCGUUUAUGCGAGUACGGUACACGUCUGAACGAAACGCAGCUUGUAUAAUUAGCGCGUAAUUAAUCGAGUGGAAUAUGAAGUUGCAUCCAUCGCGACACUCAAAAAAUUUUUAAUCUAAUUAAUUAUAUAUUUCCAAAACUAUUGUUGACGUCUUAGACGAAUUAAUGUUUAAUAUGGUUUAAAGACUAUCUUUCGAAAGCGAACCGGUUAGAGUUCGUUUAUGGUAAUAAGACUGCUUUAAAGGGUAGAGAAACGCUAAGGCAAAAUGGAAGAAAGACUCGGUUGCCAUGUAGAUGUUUAUUCGAUCAAUGUAAAAAUAUCACGCGAGUCCUUCUUUAUGCGUGAUUCUAUAGUAACUUUAGAUGCCUAUAUUCGAGUACACGAGAGUACCCAGCGGUUGCAAAGUAGGAUAAUAUUUUUAUAAAUCUUCUCACUUGAAAAGAAAAAACUUGAUCCUUUUACGGGAUUUGAAACCAUAACAAAAUGUAUUCGUUAUUGAAAAAAGAUCAUAUAUUUCUAUAUACGUUACGCGAAUAUCGUGGAAGGAGUAUUGAAAUGUUUUAUGGGCCAAUUUUGAUCGAAUGUAUGGCGAAAUAAAAUUCUUUGGUAGACGUUGAAUUAUUAAAGUUAGAAAAAAUGAAUUCGUAGAGGACGAUUGGGUAUCGUUGCGUACCAAAUGAAUAUUUAAAAAAAAGAAAUAUAUAUAUAAAAACGAAAAAAAGCUUUUCCACGAAUUCAUAGAAAACGAUAAUUAAUUAUGAAAAUCUUGUUAUUCGAGUCGAAGUUUAACGUGUUACUCACAAUUUCAAUUGAACGAUUGAUAUUCAAGGUUUCGAAUCCUACAUCCUAGAAAAACGUACUUAUUGACUCUGUUAAUUACGUCUCCACGAGUCGAUAAUUGUUAUCUGAAAAUAAUUCUACUUGAAGUUUUCUUGAAUCCCAAUGUGUUGCAAUGCGAUUCAUCGUGAUAAUGAGAUCGUCGAUGGAAAAGAAUUGUAUUAUAGAAAUGAUACGACUAAUAGCAAAGGAUUCCUUCGAUCGUGAGAAUUUCUUCACUCAGUGUUUAGCAAUUUAUAAAUAUUCUUAAGAGAAACGUAACCAGUAUUCCUUAUAAUUAAUCAGCGAAUUCGAGUAGCAAUCAUUUUAAGUGCAAUAAAAUAAAAUAAAAAUGCGUUGGACUCGGUAAUCAAAGAGUUAAUCAAAAUGCUACGGAAAGUACGCGAAAAAAGUAUGUUACUGUUAUUACAUCGCUGAACCACCGUGUUUAUGUAAAUAAUUGUAAGAUAGUUUUCUUUCUUUUUUUUUUUUUUUUUUUUUUUUAAACAUUACGUUCCCAAAGUUUAAAAGAGACAAAACGUAACGCGAACAUAUCGUUGCGAAACAUACUGCAUACCUAUACGUGUUCUUUACCAGAGAUUGGUGAAACCUUUAUUCAGGUAACAAUUUUGAAUAAUGAAUAGAAAAUUAAAUAACUCUUCAUUUGUUAUUCGUAGAAUAAUAAUUCGCAUUUGGAUUAUUGAAUGAAACGUUUCACAAUAAACAAAUGCUAUCUUAACUUUUCGAUCGAUUAAACGUUAUGUGUUGUUCGAUUGAAAUUCUGUCCAACUCUAUUUCUAUAAACAGAAAAAAAACCGAUCUAAACUUGCUUGCAGUAUAUUUGAGAGUGUAGUUAAACGUUGUGUGACUACCUCGCGCGAUGCCAUACCAUACAGCAGUGGUUCUUAAACUUCUUAUGCGUAAACCCUAUCGUUGAAAGCUUAAAUGUUAUUUGAUAAAAGAAUAAAUUAACCGAUAAUAUAGCACAGAAUAUCGCCAAUAAAUGUAAAAAUCUGAAAAACUUACUCGAAGAUGACGAAACAUAUUUUUUAAAAUAAAUUUAUUUUUGGAAUAUAAUCGUUAAGGAAUAGAACAGAAUUAUAUCUGAAAUAUAUAAAUAUAAUAAUGUAAAAGAUAUCUUGCACGUGGCAAUUUUACAAUAAGAUUGCGACAAAAAAUUACGUGAAAUACUUGCUUAAUACUAUGUAGUCUGUCCAUUGGGUUAUGUUAUGUGAAUAUUUUUUUUUUUUUUUUAUUAAAAUUAUGUACACAAUAACGAGAAAUAUUUAAUAUUUUAAAUAGUAAAGCUGUUAUCGAGUUCAACAUUUAUCAAUAGAAAUUUCUAAGAAGAAAACGAGAUAAUCUUUGAAAGUACUUAAAUUUUCCGGUUUCGCUAAGAAUAGUUUCAGAAACACUGCCAAAUAUAAAUUACACUUAACUUUAGAGAAAUAUAUAAUUGUUAGCGCAAAACAAUUACAGCUUAGAGAAUCUCAUUCCUAUAACAGUGUUGCACUUAUAUUUAUUCACAGAAGAGUAUAUAUAUAUACUCCUAUAAAUAAUAAUGUAUAUACAUACUCUUCUAUAUCAUCUAUAUAUACAUAUAUAUAUAGUAGUACAUACAUAAAUUGAAAUAUAAUAAAUCUCUAUCAUAAGAUUGCAAUAGAAUAUUUAAAGUGAAGUUGAAAUAAAGUGUUUCAUGAAUGUGAUAGUUGUUCGAUUAGAAUGUUAGAAGCCUUAAAAGUUCUAUUACCUAAAAAAAAAUUAUAUUUGAACUUAUAUGCACGCCAGUGCAUAUGCGUGUGUGUGUUGAUGUGUGGGUGUGUGUGUGUACAUAAGAAAAUUCGAAUAUAAUUUAUAUAUACACAUGUACAUGAGUUUAAAUGUAUAAAUGAUACCAAAGUGUAUACGUAAUAAAAUGCAAAACAAAGACAUAUUUUACGAUUAAACAAUGUCAAAAACAACUAUUUUAAUGUUAACUUAGGCUUCUUAUAUUAUUGUUAAUAGUUAUACAUACAUGAGAUGUAAGUUUGCGUUUAUUAUCAUUUUACCAUUGUUUAUCCUUGUCUGAUCAAAAUACUAUACCAUACUCAAUAAAAUUUGGUGUCUUUGAUAAACAGUUUUAUGCUUAUUUUACUACAAACUGAUGAAAAUUUAUUAGAACUAUUCAAGAAAUAGAAGAGUUUAAGUCGUUAUAUAGAACAACUGAACAAAAAUUUGAUGCAUACUUCCCACGUCCUAUUAAAGAAGAUUCAUACAUGCCAGGACUUACGAUUUCAAAAAGUUACUUCCGAAAUUGAUCGUGAUGCAUUAACAUUUCAGGUCAAAUCCUAAUCCUACAAAGAUGUUCCUGCAAUUAAUAGAUUCUGUAGCGUUUGUUAGUGAAAGUAAAGAGUUUAAUUUGUUUGCCAAGUUGAAUUCCACUACAACACAAGUGAAAUUCGAAACAGGUUAAGAUCUAUAAAUAUGGAACGAAGCAACAAUUCAAAAUUAAUAUGUAUCUUCUCAGCCUU